AUGCCCCCAGAGGGCUCAGAGGAGACCACUCCGAAAGGACCAGUGGAUGCGUGGGGAAAUCAGGUCUUGGAUCUCAGGAAGACGGGAUCUGUAUCCAUCAGUUUUAAUAAAGAAAUCACUGAUGCUGGUACUAGGGGAACCCAAGAUACAAUUAAGGGUGUGAAAAGAAAAAAGAUUGUGACUGAAAACCAUCUGAAAAAGAUACCAAAAUCGCCUUUGAGAAGCCCCGCUGAAGCCAAGGUUAAGCAAAAUGUAGACUCUUCAUCCCUAAAAGCUCUUCCGGAUGCCUCUGAACACGCCACAGCACAGGAUCACCUGCCCGUGCAAAAUGGAAACCAGUGUACCCGGCAAAACGGGGGAGCACUUGGUAGUGAGAUAAGCGUUGAAACAGCCAAAUCUGAGACAUCAGUGCGGACAAAGCUUUCAUUGACGCAUCAGCCCUUAGAUUUGGGUAAACGGGCAGUGGAGGAUGCUGAUGCAAACCAGCUGAACUCACCAGAGAAGAAGUCUUUCUCAAACUCCUCAUCAAGUAAAACAAAGACUGACGGCAAUGAAUGUAUUAAUUUUGUUGAUUGCAGUACAUCGUCCCCAUGUACACGUACUGCAUUCGAUGUCUUAUUAAAAGCUAUGGAGCCUGAACUGAACACCUUAGCACAAGAGUGCCCCCCUUAUGGGAUGCAGAUAGAGAAACUGAGACCAAAUAAAACUGUAAGCACCUCUUCUAGCCUCACGUCCAAUGCAGUGAGCGUCCAAAAUCAGUCUGCUUUGUCACAGCAUGAGUUUGCAGCUGAACCUCACUAUUACCCGUGUACGUUAAACAAUGUGCAUGUAGCAGCAACAGUCAAGACUGGACAAGCACAAGGCCAAUCAGCUUCUCAUUCACAAGACCUUAUUACUAAAACCAGUCAACAAAAUCACCAGGUUGUUACGUGUCCUAGUUUUACUAGAUCGGCAGUGCAACAGCAGAGUCAAGAUAACUCCAGGCUCCAGCAGAUAUACAGCAUAGCAGUAACUUCGUCUGUUGUUCACACCUCAUCUUCCACUGUAACUCAGGUUUUUCCUCAAAACCAGUUAGUAGCUAGUUCAUCUUCACCUUUGUCAGUUAGCACAUCGAGUUCAGCACACUUGCCUAUAGGUCCCGUGUAUAAUUCAGCCCAGAUAGCAUCAGUUGUAAACCAUGGUGUAGAACAAAUAUGUAACCUCUUGAAAGACCAGAAGCCUAAAAAGCUAGGGAAAUACGUCUGCGAGUAUUGCAAUCGGGCCUGUGCCAAGCCCAGUGUUCUCCAAAAGCACAUCCGAUCCCAUACUGGAGAGCGACCGUAUCCUUGUGUGACAUGCGGGUUUUCGUUUAAAACCAAAAGCAAUCUGUACAAGCACAAAAAAUCUCAUGCACAUGCUAUCAAACUUGGACUUGUCCUACAGCCAGAUUCAGGUGGCCUCUUCUUAUCUCAUGACUCAGACAAAGCACUUAGCAUUCACUCAGAUGUGGAAGAAAGCGGUGAAAGUGAAGAUGAAGGCACUGCUGAUGAAAGACAAGAUGAUCAAGAACUGGAACCUGCGCAAAUAGCGAAAGUCAUUUCAAGUGCAGAAACGUCACGGAAAGGAAGCCCUAUUCCAUUAAGCAACCCAGAUUGUAUUCCAGGUGACUCUUCAUUACACGAUGCAGAACCUCAAGUAAGGGCAGCUUUACCAAAAGUGGUAGUUCAUCCUGUAAAUGUUUCUCCGUUAAGGGCUGAUAGCCCAAAAGUAACAGAACCAGCACCCGAGCUUGCUGCAGCACAGAGAAAAGGAGAUAUUAAAGUGACAACUCUUCAGUCAAAUUUAACACAUACAGCCUCAUUCAAGGAGAAUGACAUAAAGCAACAUCAGAAAGUAGAAAUGGGCUUGUUAGAGGAACAGCUAGGAUCCGCAGUAGGAGCGGGGCAUGCUCAGCUCCAGAGACAGCAGGCAACGGAUGGUUCCCAAGAUCAGCAAGGAAAAUGUCUUUUGAGCCCUAGGAGUUUAGGUAGUACUGAUUCUGGUUAUUUCUCUCGUUCUGAAAGUGCCGAUCAAACGAUGAGCCCACCAGCUCCUUUCGUAAGAGGAUUGUUGGCCUCUGAGAAAGAUCCAAAUAAAAACCUGCCCUGCGUGCCACAAGCAGGUGGUGUAGCAUCAGUGGUACAAACUGUUUGUGCAGAAAAAAAUCUGAUUCUCUCUGGCCAAAUGCGACCUCCCAUGGCAACAAAAACGCUGGAGGAGCGUAUCUCAAAAUUAAUUUCUGAUAAUGAAGCCGUUGUGGAUGACAAACAGUUAGAUAGCGUGAAACCAAGAAGAACAUCUCUUUCAAGAAGAGGAAGCAUAGAUUCACCAAAAUCCUACAUAUUUAAGGAUUCUUUCCAGUUUGAUUUAAAGCCCAUGGGAAGAAGAACCAGCUCAAGCUCUGACAUACCAAAGUCUCCUUUCACACCCACUGAGAAAUCAAAGCAAGUUUUUCUUCUUUCUGUACCGUCCCUUGACUGUUUACCUAUAACACGAAGUAAUUCCAUGCCUACUACCAGUUACUCAGCGGUACCUCCCCAUGUAAUACCUCCCUCUCAUCCCCUUCGAGGAAGUCAGUCAUUUGAUGAUAAAAUUGGCUCCUUAUAUGAUGAUGUUUUUGUAUCGGGACCUGCUACGCCACUGAACCAAGGCGGACAUCCUCGGACCCUUGUUAGACAGGCAGCGAUAGAAGAUUCUUCUACUGGUGAAAGCCAAGUUCUUGGACUGGUACGAUCUGUAGAAGAAAGUUAUCUGGGAUGUAAUUUAUCAAAUGAAUCUUUGUUGCAAAGGAGCAAGUCCCUGGCACAGGGAUCAAAUUUAGAAAAGGCAAAGAAGUCCCCUCAGGUGCGAGGAACAAUGUUUGAGUGCGAAACCUGCAGAAACAGAUACAGAAAACUGGAAAAUUUCGAAAACCACAAGAAAUUUUAUUGUUCAGAAUUGCAUGGACCUAAAACUAAAGCAGCAAUCCGAGAGCCUGAGCAUAAAACUGUUCCAAACAGUACACAGCCUCAAAUUCUACACUACAGAGUCACUACUUCAACUGGCAUCUGGGAGCAGACACCCCAGAUAAGAAAAAGAAGGAAAAUGAAAAGCGUUGGUGAUGAUGAUGACCCUCAGCAAAACGAGACGAACAUACCAUCAAAGAACGCAGAAGGCCAAAGCAAGCCAGCAAAUUCCUCCAGUCUGUCAAAACACAGUGCGACAGCAGCGGUAGGAUCACAACAGCCAAGCAACCUUCUGCUUCAAAGCUCCCAAAUUCAGCUUGUGGCUCGAGGCACAGAUCAGACUACCGAGCCAAAGAUGGCUCCGCUCACUGAAAAGCAGGCAAGUUCAGCUGUGCAAGAAAAGGUGGAGAUGAAAAGACAAGGGACAGGCAUUUCAGUAAUACAGCACACCAAUUCACUGAGCAGAAAUAGCUCAUUUGAGAAAUCGGAGUCGUUUGAAAGAGUAUCGCCAGUUUCUUCUCAAGACCCCAACAAGGCUGCAAAGCACCGCUCUUUGAAUCCAGGUGUAAUCCAAGAGGAUAGACACUUGCAUCUGAAUGUUCCCCAGCAUCAUCAGCCGCUGUCAUCAGAAGCACCAAGAGGGGAAGUUCAGGGAAGCCAGGUAGGUUCUAAUGAGAGAAGCGCACAGCUUCAGCCAUCGAGACUUGUUCGCCAGCAUAACAUCCAGGUUCCUGAAAUACUGGUCACAGAAGAACCAGACAGGGACCAAGAAAACCAAUGCAGCGAUCAGGAAAAGACAGAAAGGUUUAACUGGCCACAGCGCAGCGAAACACUAUCAAAAUUGCCGACAGAAAAGCUUCCACCAAAGAAGAAAAGAAUUCGCUUGGCUGAAAUGGAGCAUUCAUCUGCCGAAUCGAGCGUUGACUCCACGCUUUCCAGAAGCCUGAGUCGGGAGAGUAGCUUGUCUCAUGCUUCAAGUUUCUCGGCUUCACUCGACAAAGAUGAAGCUUUGAAGGCUGAGAACCCUUCCAAAGCAGAGCUUGUUAGUAAGUCGUCGGAGUUCCUCAUGAUUCCCACUGGCUCACACGCACUGGCUGUGCCUGGGCCUCAUUACCGGGAGAUGAGACGUGCUGCCUCAGAGCAAAUCAGCUGCACGCAGCCCUCAAUGGAGGUUGUGGACUACAGGAGUAAGUCUUUCGACUGCGGAAGCAUGUCUCCAUCAAAACCUGCCUUGCUCGUAGAGAUAGCUGCUCCAAAAGUGUCAUCUGCAAAUGGAGUUACUGGACAUGUGCCUCUGCUAGAAAGGAGGAGGGGGCCGUUUGUAAGACAAAUAUCUUUAAAUAUUGCUCCAGAAUGUCAUCAACUUCAAGUUAAAUCAACAACUUCAUUUCAGACAGGUCACGCUAUGGAUGUGCCCACAGUGGCAUUGCACAGUCUGCAGACCUCCGGCAAAUCUUCUGUGGAGUUUCCUUCAAGUACUCAGCAUUCACAGGCUCACUCCAGGUCUCUCAUAUCGACUCACCAGCCUUCCCAGACAUCUGCUAAAACAUCAGCCCAAGGGGAACAGGUGAGCACAUAUGUGCUUUCUUGUCAUCCCGAUGAAAAAAAGGAUUGUUUUGCUCCAAAGUAUCAACUUCAAGUUAAAACGUUACAUAUAGGUCAGCCAUACUCUUCUAAAUUGCUAAAAAAUACUUUAUCAACUCACACAGUUCCAAGUCAAGUUGUGAUGGACCAGAAUACACCCUCCUUUGAACUGCAGACUAAACUGUCUGACAUAUCUAAUCCAUACUCUGUGCCUCCUCUAAAGCAAAUUGUCCCUAAUAAUUGUAGCAGUCAAAUACAUCAGAUUUCUCCUUUUGUGGUUCCCGUCCGUAUUCACAGCACUAUGCCAUCCUAUGGCUUUGCAACUGUUACACCCCUCCCUCACAUUUUAGUGACCCAGGAUCAGGUAAAUCAAUCGGUUUGCAAAACAAAUGUUGUGACAGUGCCAACGGUGGAAGGCAAAACUCAGCUGCCAAAAUCUCACAAAGAUCAUCAGGGGACUUUGCCAAAUUCGUUUGAAUUUGAAAAUUCACUACCAGAAAGUGGAACCAGAAAUUCGCUUUUGUCUAGCUCUUUGAAUAUUCUUCAGAAAGUGCCAGUUAGUGGACUUUUCCCUCAACAAGAAGCUACAGCUUCAAGUAAACGAAUGCUUUCCCCAGCCAACAGCUUAGAUAUUGCCAUGGAAAAACAGCAAAAACGUGUUAAAGAUGAGAGUGGAGCUGCUUGCAUGACAGAUGCCAGACCAUUGCAUUCGCUGAACGUGAGAUCUAAUGACCCUGCUGGUAAGCAGAAGAAACCAGUCUUGGUAAGACAGGUUUGCACCACAGAGCCUAUUGAAAAUCACCUCUCAGAUCCCGAUGGUGUUGCUCAGCAUGAAAAAAGCACCAAAGCUAGUACUUCAGACCUGCUGUUGCCUGACCGUCAUUCAUCUGACACUGGGGUUUCAGAAACCCUAAAGGAGUCACCAGAAUCUGAAGACCUGAAGUCUUCAGCAUCGCCAGUGUUUGGAGUUAGAAAACCAUCUGAAUUGUCUCCAGUGAAUAACCAGAGUUCUCUUCUCAAGGCUGUAAGUGGCAGUCAAGAAAGGAGGUCCCCAAGUAAUGGUAAUGAGAGCAAGCACAUCAAUAGCCAGGGUCAAGCAAAGCCUGUAACUACACUGGCUGCGAUGAAUGCAGGAGAAAUGCAGAGGUUGUCGUUUCCAAGUCUCAAGACGUCAACGAGUUUUACCUGGUGUUACCUCUUGAAGAGGAAACCAUUGCAUCUGCUACAAAAUGAUCAGAAAAUCUCAGCCUAUUCUACCUGGACCAUUAGCGCCAACAAUCCCAAUCCGCUUGGUUUGUCGACGAAGGUAGCUCUCUCCCUCCUCAACUCAAAGCAAAAAGUUGAAAAACCACUGUACACUCAAGCAAGAACUACUCAUCCCAGAUCUGAUAUAUUGGUCUAUUCAAGCAAGUGGAAGAACAGCUUAACCAAGCGAGCAUUAAAUAGAAAAAAAAUGAAUGCAACUGAAUUCAGCAAUAAGGAAAACUCUGAAUCAAGCACCGAGCAGGAUAAAGAAAAUUCCUUUGUCAAAACUGAACCAAGAAGAGUUAAAAUAUUUGACGGAGGGUACAAGUCAAAUGAGGACUAUGUGUAUGUUCGGGGGAGAGGGAGAGGGAAGUAUAUCUGUGAAGAAUGUGGAAUACGUUGCAAGAAGCCCAGCAUGCUGAAGAAGCAUAUUCGCACACAUACAGAUGUCCGUCCUUACCACUGCAACUACUGCAACUUUUCCUUCAAAACAAAAGGAAAUUUAACAAAACAUAUGAAGUCAAAGGCACAUAGCAAGAAAUGCAUGGACUUGGGAGUCUCAGUAGGCUUAAUAGAUGACCAGGACGGAGAAGAAGAAUUUGGUAAGAAAUUAAAAUCAUCUUUCUUUACUGCACUUUU